AUGGAAGUGGCCGCGAUUGCAACGGGGGCCGGUACGACGGCGGCAACACGGGCACCAUUCCAGCGCGAGGUGCGCGAAUGGCAACAUGUCGAUCCAAAUACGGGCGCCCUGCUGACGGGACGGCUCGAGGCGGACCGCUGGGUAAAUGGACCACUCAACAGCUACGGCAAGAUGGUGUCACAGAACCUGUCCACACCGGACGGUACGCAGCACACGCAGCGGAAGCAAAUGGAGAUACUGCAGGCCCGCACGUCCGCUGGUUCGCUGCAAGUCGUCCGGGCACAAACCGUCCAAACGACCUCGUCCCGCUGGUCCUCAUCGAUGCUGCAUGCGACGGAACAAACGUCGCACGGUGUUGGCGCCACCACCGCCGACAGCAUCAUGGUACCCGCCUCCCACCAACUCACCACCAACGGGUUCUCUAGCCAUCAUCUGCUGUCCUCGUUCCACCGUCCACUGUCCUCUGGUGCCACUAGCAGCAGUAGACUAUUGGCUGCAGGAUCGGGUAGACCCGAUGCAUCUCAGACGACACCACUAGCCGGUGCAGCGUACGUGAGCUCGAUGAAGCCAUUUCCUCCAUUUUCCAGCCCCACGUCCAGUUUCACCAGCACCUCCGGUGCGCCGCUCCGAUACGGCCGGGUGUAUGCAGUCGGUACGGAAGCGCAUGACGAUCGUUCCCCCUACUACCAUCCAGCGCACACCGCUGCCGGCGAGCAGGAAAGCAUCAACGGUGGCAACGUACCGCUGGCCCGCGGCAAAAGCAUCUCGAUCGAGGACCUUUCGACCGAGCGUGACGAGAACAACUUCGAUGACGACGUCGAACCUACGCAGUGGAAGCGAGUGAGCAAAAUACGGCGAUCAUUACAGUUCCCAAGGAAAACUACCCCGAGAACCAACACACGGCCGAUCGAUCUGCCCGAGAACUCCGUCAGUGUGUCCCGCAUCUGUCAGGAGCUGGAGAACGGCCGACGGCUGAACACGGCCAUGCGCAACAAUCACAUCGACUUUGUGGCGUUGGACAACAUUCUGAAAGGUGUGACCGAUCAACCCUGCACAACUGCGUCCACACCACCCGUUAAACCGGCGGAAUCGUCCGCAAAGUCACCGCCGAAAGCGUCAUUCCUGACGGCGGACACGUUGCGUGAAAUUCGUGGCCGAUUGCGACGGCUCAGCAACGAGUCGCUCUACCGUGACGACAUGAGUCCGGCCGAUGAUGCUACCGGCCAGCAGGAUCAUCGAGGCGGUGAUGAGGGUGGCGUAACUAUUACUGAGGUGGAGACACGGCUCGGGCAGCUGGAAACCAGCAGUGCGUCAGAUUCAAACUAUCGGAGCAGUAGCUUGCAGUCGAGCAAGAAGCCCGCACCGGAUACUACCGUACUAGCGCCGGACGAUUGGCAUUCGCGUCGCAAGUCGUACGGAUUUGAGCGGAUGAGUCAACAGCCGCUCGGCAGCGGGUUUGCAAUGGCCAAGAUGGAUUCGUCAACGGACAGUGGGAUAGGCCGCUCGUCAGACUUGAGUUCUAGCUGGUCUAGUGCGGCUACCGAGAGUGGCCAAGGGGGAAAUAAUCUGGCUAACGGUGCAAGCACCUAUCAUCAGCGCUCAACGAUUGUGACCUUGGGCGAGAGGUCCCAGAUGAAGGAGAAACAAUCCACGAACCCAGCGAUGGUCAUCAAAAUCACCAGUAAACCAUCGGCAAGUGCAAUCGAUACGUUCGUGCCUUCGACGGAACCGGAAGAGGAGCCGAAACGUCACUCCAUCGCGGUCGAUGAAACAAGUUACGUGCGGGAUAGUUUGCGCAGCAUGUUUGAGCGCAAAUCGUCAGUAAACGUCAACGGGUUCAGUCACACCUUUAUCGACGACCUAAGCCGCAACAAGAAGCGUGUGGAGUUCUGCAAGACCGAGGUACACUUCACGGCCGACUCGGGCCGGGUAAACAUCGUCGAGACGGACGAGAAGCCACCGCCAACGAACAACUUCCGUCGUCGCCGACGAUCCUCUGGAGGUGCGUCGCCCGGAAGUGCGUCGUACUUGGUGCCGAGUCUCGAAGGGGAGUCGGACACGGUUAACGCUACGGAUGAAUCGAAGCUGGCACCGGCGUCUGAGGGAGUUGCAUCGGAGCAGGACUUUCCACCGGUGGUUACAACCACGAUCGGUAUCGGCCGUACCGCACCGGAACCGACACCGAGAAAGUACGUACCAUCGUCCAUUGCGGCCGGCACCGGCGGUGUGACCGUGUCGGAUGAAAGUGAUGGUCACUCGACGGAUGAGAUAUCGCUUCGCAGCAUUCUGAAAAACAAACCGAUCAAACCGAAACCGUACGUGCUGGGUGAGAAUCUGGACAGCAAUGAAGCGCUGUGGGGUGUGAAGCUGAGACCGGUCGGGACGACCGCAUCAACGGUAGAGCCGGGCGCAAGGUUGAGCGUUGAGAUGGGGCACGACACGAAAAGUGCAUCGCCCAUCGCUGCCGGAAGCUAUUCAACGAAGAUCAAUUUGACGCAGCAGCCACAAGGCGGUGCAAGUUCCUGGAAUAGCAGCAAUACCUCAGUGGACAAAGCGAACCAUCACGGUGCGGCCACCAGCGCCGAAUCGGCUGCUUCGAAAUCGACCACCAAGAUACUGAUCGACAUGACCGCCACGAGUGACGAAACAGCAUCGGCAACGACAUCCAACACCGGGGAUGAGCUCAAGUCGACCUCGCUGAUCAUGCGGACCAUGCGCGCUGCAACGAAGCUAGACGAAGCGCUGAAGAGUCUACAGGCUUUGCGGAGGGAUUCGCUCGGCGAGAACGGCACAUCACCACUGUAUCAGCGCAGUAACGAUGUGUCCAGCCCGAAAGCGCGCAGACAUUCGGCGUUUUGUCAGCUGAACGGAGGCGUGGCUGGUAGCAACAGCAGCGGCAGCACGAUCAGCAAUAGCUCGAUCGCAAAGUCAAGCAGCGCAAGCAGCAUCUACGCGGACUAUCCGAAGCUGAGGGCGACCAAGUACGCGUCUUCGCUCGAUGGAGAUUCCCUGGAGCGCGACGCCUCAUCCGGGUACGGUGUGUCCCGCUACUCUUCCAUCCUGCCGUCGACGACGGCGGCGAAACGCAUCCUUACGAGCGAAUCGCGCCUGUCCGAUUUCGAGGCAUACAUCAGCAAAAACACGGCCGUGCGCCGUUCGAGCACGGCAGACGAUGUCGAUCGGCUGUUCGGCAAACCGAUAGCGGCUCCGAGAUUGAAGAAGCUCGGCUCAACCGUCCUUAGUCAACAGUUGUCCCAGCUGCGUAGGUUGUACGAUGCAGCCGAACUGUACGACAGUGACAGCGACAGCGCGAAGGCUGACGAGGAGGUAAAGCUGUAUCUAGGCAAUCUGGCCGAUACCACCUCCUCGUCGACGUCGUCCUUUGGGCAGGCCACCGAACUGUCCGGCAGCUGGAGCCGCAUCAAGGCUAAGCGAAACAUUCAGAAAUUCAACAGCAACAGCACCAGCCUGACGGCUGCCAAACGCGUUGAGAUCAAGGAUGCGUCCUUCUCGGUGAACUCGUCUGCAGAGUUUGAUAUUGUAAAACCCUCGGCCCUGGUCAGCCGUCAGCCGAGCAAGCCUUCCGCUGUGAUGUCGAUUGAGUUGAAGAGCCCUACGCCUGUGAAAAAACUACCAUCAUCCCACACCUCUAGUCCAGACCCAUCUACGACAAAACUGACUGCGACUGUAAAUGAUGAAUCGAUGGCAGAUAGCCAGCAGCAGUCCCCAAAAUUCCGGAGAUAUAUACCGACCGCGGCCACCACACCCGGUGCCGUGCGUAACGAAGAACGAGCCUCGCUCCGGUUGUCAUCCGGUGCGCGGCAGUUGCGCGAGAAUGAACUGUCAUUUUUCGGCGUCAACCCGAACAAGCAGCAGCCGUCCGGUACGGCGGCUCCAUCCGGCAAACCGCCAACGAAUUCGACGACCGCCCCUAGCUCACCCUUUCAGCGAUCGGCCACACUAACGUCUUCCUUUAUCAGACGCACUGGAACGUCCAGCUCCGGUGAGGGUACUGCCUCCAAAGCGUCCAUCUGGCAGCUAACGAACGAUAAACCAGACCUACUGCGCCACAGUCAACUAGAACCGUCUGCAACGAAGGUGCAAGCUGUGGCAUCCCCUCGUCCAGCAGUUAUCCGUACAGCAGGAGGUGGUGCAUCGGCGAUUGAUGCGACCGGCAACAGUGUGAGCGUAACUAGCAGCAGUAGCAGUGUGACGACUUCCACACUUUCUUCCGCCGAUGGUGGUAGUCCACACUACGAAAAUUUAUCCAACUUCGUCAUGAAACCGAAAGCGGCGCAGCGUUCGGUGGGUGCUUCACCUGCCGCUGUUGAGCCUGUGCAAGCGGGUGACAGGACGAUCGCUGUAACUCCUGCAUACGAUCGAAAGAAGGACUUGGAAAGGGAUGAACGUAUUCUGGAGGAGCUAACACGAGCCGCGGAUGAAAUCAUGAAUGUUGUCAACAACAUGUCGAACGGGGAGAGCAUGGAGAGCAUCUUGAACGAGCUGAACGACGGCGAAGGACACCGUCGAAGACUUUCGAACGGUGGAUGCACGCUCGGAACCAUCCGCGAGUGUUCGACCACGAACAAGAUCAUGAAAUCGCGCGGCGUACAAGUGUCCAAGAACAUCGACGACAGUCUCAAGCGUCACGCGCAGCGUCAAUCAAGACUAUCAUCCGCUUCAUCGAAUGAAAGUAUUGGCCACCGAGCUGAAGGAAACUUCACGCGCAGCGUUUCACUGCGGGGUCCAUCGAGUGGGGCGGUAACUACCGGGGACGGUGUGUCGAAUCGUUCCGGGUCGAGCCGGCGAAGCCGUGCUCCGAUGGCAACCGAAGCUCGUCGCCUGGUGCGAAUGUGCAGCAAGGAGAAGCUGCAGUCGAAUGCUAGCUCGUCGGAAGAUCUUCCAAACAGUGGCGUCGUUGAGCCGCCACGUAGACCGCGCCGAACGCGCUACCAGCCGAAGGAUUCGAAGGACCAGCAGCAAAGUGCUACCAGCAACGGUCACAGCACCAGAGCAGAGCAACGCACCACGGGAUCCUCUUCGCGAUCACAUCGCAGCGAGCGAUCGGGCGGAUCGGUUAGAACAGCCAGUUCCAGACUGGGUCACAGUGCUGCCUCGAACGGACACACCCAGAUGGCCGUAAGUGCCGGGAACGUUCACCAUCAUCAUGCGCUCCAUUCCGCAUCGUGUCCGUCGUCCCGCACCGUAAAGCAGCCGGGUGUAAACGGGCACCAUCCGCAGCUGGCAUCCGCCACCACAACGUACGUAUUGCAAUCGUUCAUGCUGGUACCGCCGCCCCGGCGCAAACGACGCCAGCAGCUCCAGCAGCACCCAACGAAGGUGGCCAAGGUUGUGCGACGGCAUUCGUCGCGGAUAUCACGCCAUUCGCGGGAGCAAAAGCUCCACCCGGUGCGCAAACGACAACGCCGCCGGCUUGAGCAAUGCAUUUGUUCCUAA